AUGUAGAUUGGAUAUUUGAAUUUAAUGCACUAGCUAUAACCAAUACACAUUUACAAUAUAGACCUCCAACUAUGCUACGUAAUGGACAUUCAACUGUACCUUUAACUAUAACUAAAUUCCCACCAAAUAUAGUGCUGCAGAUAGAUAAUAUGAGUUACUAUCCAGAUUUAUCACUAUUAUAUUCUAGUUACUCAGCUACUUCUGUUACAAACAUACUACUUUCUAGCUAUAAUCAUAUGAGUAUAUGGAAAUAUAGUUUUAAAUGCAUUGUAG